CGAAGAUCACUGCGUCUAACUACCUUUUCUAUAUAGUCUUUUGCUUUCGGUGACCCCUAGUAGUCCUCGAUUGCACGCUAUGACGCGGCUUCUCACUCCGUGUAUUGCGCCUCCGGCUUCGCUUGCUAUAGGCAGCUUGCUAUUUCCUGUGGAGAUAUCGGGCCUCGAUGAUGUCCGGCCUCACGAGACAAUUGCAUCCUCAAACCGGGGAAUUCGGGCGCGGGGUACCCGAAAGGGUGCAUCCGAAGAGGUGGACCUGGAGGAGGUUGCACAAUCUUGGCAAGCGUCUGCCGCUUGCAUGCAGUUGCUGAACGACGUCCGCGCUCUGAAACAUCAGGGACAGGCGGCGGGCGCAACGGCAUUGGCUCAACGCCUCCGUGAGAUGGGCUACAACGCUUCCCGCGUCGCGCAGAACGCUUCGCACACCACUGCCAGCGCUUUGCGGCUAGCUCACGAUUUCGUUGUUGUGACCGGCUGUGGAUGCGCCGGUCCGCUUGUUGUUGAGCCCAACUUCCGGGAGCACUUUUGCAUUGGUUCGGUUUACGCGACGGAGCGCUACCGACAGCUUCUGGCAGCAAUCCCCGAGGAGCUUGUGGCACCUUACAGCCAGCUGCAGGACAUGGUUAAACUCAUCUGCGCCGAGAUGAAGUUCAGCUUUGAGGCGACUGGCAACUCCCUUCCGCCAUGGCGCAGCACCAGCAGUGUCCUGUCGCGCUGGUCUGCUGCCAAGGCCGUCUAAGCGCCUUCCGGACGCUCCCUGCUGCUUGCAUCCUGUUUCGGCGCGUACUUACUCUUGCCUACAUUUGUACGUGAGGGGACAGCCGGAAUUUCUUCGCUCGGGGAAUGUCUUGACGUGAUUCGCUGUGGAUGACAGAAAUACACAGGGGGUUUGCUCUUUAGCAGAGCUCGUUGGCGGGGCCGCCGUGUUCAGGUUUCCCGUGAGGUUGCAAGUCAGGAUUUUGUAUUGGUGUUGGUUGGUUCAAGAGGUAAAGGCCAUAAAAUUCGUUGCAAAAUUCAUCGCACUUGUCUGUUGUCGUACAUGCUAAUCUGCAGCCGGUUUUGUCCUAGUUGCUUUUCGCUGCUGGAGUGAGAGGGCUUGCAUGUGCGUGAUGGUAGGGAGCGAGAUGCGAGGAGCUGCAUCUGCAACUUCCAGGAUCUGUGUAGUUUUAGAGGAAGAAGCUCUGCUGCAGACGACGAAGUUAUGCGGCGGUGCUUUGUUGUUAUUAUAUACGAUUGCUUACAUAGGCUGUUGGAGCGGUUGAGGUCCAAACAGUUCACGGGAAGCGAAGAGAACGAUCCAACGGGAUGGUAGGUACGGACGUAGUUGGCUGCCUUGACAGUAAGCCUGCCUGCCUGCCCGCCUGCUUGUAGCCUGGCAGCAAGCACGCGGGCAGCUGUGUUUGCUGUGCAAAAGAGCGGGUGAUGGGAGUAUGUUGGGUAUACUUGCUGCCGAUUCAAGUUGCCAAUAAGGUAGUAGGACAUUGAGGACGUUGGUAUCUUCGCGAAUGCGGGAUUUCAACGAUCAGGCCUUCUAGUUGCGGUACGUUCAUUGGCAGUACGGUACGACAUUCCGUUGCGAAAACGGGAAUCCCAACAGCACCGCUGUUGCUGCUGCCAACUGCCGGCUCUAUCAUCCACAUUUGGCUAGACCUCGGCUUCCUUCUAGUACAGACGUUUUUGUAGGUUUAGACGAGCGUUUGAUGUUGUUAUUGGGCACCUGGGUUCCCACUUGAGCCAUGGCUUGCCGCCUUGCACGCCUUGUUGCGCGGGACGGCGCCGCGCGGUUUCUUGCUGGGCGCUCUUUUACAGUUGGACGUGCUUGGUAGCAGUAGCUGAUGUUUGGUUGCGGGUUGGCCGCCUCUUUUGCGUCUUUAUGUGCGCAUGUGUUUUGUGAUGUGCAAAAAUAAAACAUAGUGCGUGUGUUAAAAAAACUGGCUGUGUGUGUGCCCCUGUGUGGUAGCGCUGCCAGAUCGGGAGGGUGAGGGAAAGGGAAGGGACGUUGGUGUGGAACAGGUUUCGGGAGAGAGAUGGCAACGUAGGCAUCAGAGGCGAGUGUGUCAAAGAAUUGAUGAUGCUUGGAGUCACACAUUUGGCUUUAUGUUUCAUGGACGGUCUUUCUUUACUCCAUACCAAGGAGGAGGAAAGGUCUGCUCAAUCAAAAAAUUCAUAAAGAGAGGCUGCACUGCUUUGAGCUUGGUGCGAUGAGAGAGCCGCCCCGCUUUUUGAGAUGGUGAGGUAGGUAGGAUCGAGGAGAGGGUGCAAAGCCUGAGUUGGAGGUCGAUAUAAGUAAGCCAAGCGAAGGGAGCAGGCAGGUUGGCUGACGUUAGGGUCGGCGGCCGGAAGCGCGGGGCGGUUGUGGGGUGCUACUUCACUGGCGAGAGGUGCAUGCCAUGUGCGAGCACGUGCUGAUGACGCACACACAUGUGCCCACAUGCUAGUCUGCUUUAUGAGUGACAGUUUGCGUCAGCGUGUGCAUAUGACUGAUGGCUGAAUCGCGUGGGGUGUGCUUGCAAUUUUGCUUUGGCAAAGUACCCAUGGGCGUCGGCGCUGGCGACAAUGAUGAUGGAAGGCACGAAGAUGCGAUACCUGGGAGGGGCGAAGGAGACUCAUGCCCAAAGCCUUGCUUUGUGAUGUUGCUUGCCUCUUGUUCUGCCGGAGUUGCCCUGCCAUCAAAGGCAAAGAACAUGUCAGUAUGUGUGCUCAGGUCUAGUUUCUGUGUAUGUAUGUGUGUAGCGGUUGUGCAAGGAGACGGGUGUCUGUGUGUUAAAAAAACUGGCCGUCGUGCGCGCGUGUUGUGGCGUGUGUGUGGCUUCUUGAAGGACGGGGCACUGCGGUUAAUGUGUUGUGUAGCUUGCAAUACCGAGGUGCAGCGUUGGCACGACGUGUGAGAGCACCCCCUGAUCAACCGCUUCUGCACUCUGUUGUUCUUGUUUCGUUUUGUUGCUAGUGUUUGUGUACAGGCCUUCGAUGUGCGCAUGUGUGUGCCCCCUUCAUGAUACAUACAGCUGGAAAUGUGUUGCAUUGCAGAAAAGUAUCCGUACAGUGGCAGGCAAAAAUUUUGCAUUUGGAAGCGGGGACUGUGUUCCCUGUUGGGAGAGUGGCUUGAGGGUUGAGAGUGGCUUGAGGGUUGAAGCGCCAUCAAGAGUGUUACGGCGCAUAGUUCGGCGGCGGCUUGAGGUUGUCUAUAUGUUUGGAGCCGCCUUUUUCUGCAUCUUCUCAGUACUUUCGACUCUGUCCUCCACUGUUACCCGAUGUCGACGUAGCUACGGAGAUGGAAAAGCCAAGCAAGGUUGUGUCGACGUGUCCAUGUUUUGUGGUUUUUGGCGGGUGGUUUUGGCGGUUCGCCUGGCUAUUUCCUUACCACCAUUCGUUGGUUUACGGCGCAGCUGCUGCUGUUGCAUAUUCGGACGUUUCUUUUGGCGCUCCUCAGAACGGGAGGGAUUGCUGACUGUUCGGACCUGAAGACCGCCAGCAUACAAUGCACAGUUAUUCCGCAUGUGUUCUGAUGGGGCAAGCUUGCCAUUUUCAGGAGCCUCAUUCCUCUAGACCAAGGGAAGGGGCCUUGCGUUCUUGUCAUAUGCUGUUGUUGGCGUUGUGAUGCCACAUGUCAGAUGUGAUAUGACGGGAGUUGCCUGUCAUUGCCCGAGGGCAACUGAUGGAGUUGGGGGUAUGCUCGGGCGAAAGACGCGACCGGCCCCUUUCUCCAGCCUUGGGGGACCGUGCCGCUGGGUAUGUUGGACCACGUCCUGCAGUGUAUCGUUGCUAUUUUUCUGUCCGAUAGCAAUAUCCACGUGCUGCGCGAGGAAGGUUAGCUGAAGGGCGUUUUGGUUGUUUUGGGUUUUGGCAAUCUGCCAGGCGGUGUGCUGUGUUAUGUGUGUUUGUAUGUACGACAGUGGCGGGAUCUCUCGAGAGUUUUCUCAUCGCGUGGAUGAUGUGUCUUUGAGCGGUUUGUGUUGUGCCGUACAUAUCAAGCAGCAGGGUUACGCAGGUAGCUGCCAAACGUUUUUGAACGCGGCUGACAUCUCUGCCCCUGCGGGGUUGUGAGCACUGGCCAGUCCCCAGCUCCUGUUGUCCUCGGAAACACUCUUUCUCGUGUUUGGGGUUGGCGUCUUGCAGGAUAAUAAUAAGGGCGGUAGCAGCCGUUGAGGUGGCGUGAGUUAAGAAAACUGGCCGCAAGUAGGUAGUGGCGUGAGGGUGGCGAGAGUUGCACUGCUCUCUAGGAGGCGGCAGGUGCUGGGAUACGUCUGCAAGCAGGCUGGUUUAGCUGAUGGAAGCAUGGACUGGGUGGAUGAUUAGCAAGAUAAGCUGCCCUCAAUACGGUGUUUUUCAGGUGUUUGUUGUGGCGUGGCAAAUAUUUAGUAUAGGGAGGCGUCUGCUAUGCAGUUGAAGCGAUUUUGCUGUCAGUAUGAGAGUUGGCACUUCGACAUGGCAUCGUCAAGCGUUUAGAGCAUCAUGACAGUAAGCGGGUGGUGUAUGAUGUGUGACGUGCCGGGUUGCCGACUGCUGCUGCCCAGAGCGCAUGGCAAGCGUGCUGCGGUUGGCGAGAAGGCGAGCUUGGCACAUUGCCGGCGCAGGCACCGUCACACAAUACAUAUGCCGCCGUUCGGGUUUGUUCCUUUCUGGGUUUAGGCAGGGUUUCCUGUUGUCACGUUUGCGGUUGUGCUGGUGAUACCUGGUGCGUGUAUGUUGCUCUCAUGAGGGUCAUGACGUGGUCAUGCGCACAGCAUUUGCGUCUGUGUGCGCCUCUGCAAAAAGAAAGAAAUGCUCGAAAUUGUGUUCGUUCUCCGCUUUUUGUUAUUGUUGCUUUGACUGUAUCAAGACUGCAUAUUUGUUGCUUUCUGGCUCCGGAAAACCGGGAGCAUGACCGGUUUAGCAGAAGAAGAACGCUAAUUGUAAACACUCGGGAAG